CGGCAUCGAGAUGGAGGAGAACAGGAAGCAGGGCAAAUAUCCAGAGGUGCACAUUGGCCUGGAGAACCUUCAGCAAUUCCCUGCAUUUGGUUCUCCCCCCAACAGCGAUAGCUGCCCUCCUGCCCACCCUGAGUUCCUUUUGGUGCCCUCCUCACCUCUCAGCAGCAGCCCUGCCUCAGAUGGAUUGAUGUUCCCCAGUCUGGGUGGACACAGUCCUGUGUUGAGCGUGGGCAGUAUGGAGGAGGACUCCCACUGCAUGUCCUUCGCCAAGAUGCUCCGAGACGGCAGAGCCAGGGCUGAUGCUGGGCCUAAGAUUACCCCAAUGAAAGACAUGCUGCUGGCUCCCCCAGUGGCAGACAGUGAUGGGGAGAGUGACGGCUCAGACCGGGUUCCUGUGCCCAGCUUCCAGAACUCCUUCAGCCAGGCCUUUGAGAAGGCCCUGAUGCAGCUGGACCACGGGCCUCCAGCCACCCCUCAGCCUGCUCCCAUGCCAGGUGUGUCUGUGUGUGUGUGUGUGUGUGUGUGUGUUUGUGCGCACGUAUCUGUGUGUGAGUGUAUGCGUGCGUCUCACAUUAAAUGUGCGUUAUUUUUUGUGUACCACAAUCCCACUGACUUUUCUCCUUUGAGUUUACAGUUUGUGUAAUUUAGUUUAACCCUGAGCUUUUUUGAUGUGGUGCACC